CUUUUAUUUUGUAAAAAAAAAAAAAAAGUCCUGGGCCAUUUCCCGGAAGUGAGCUGCCGGUGUUUGUCUUUCAUCCACACUGGCUGAAGGAAGCAAGAGCCUGGGCAAAGCUAGUGGAAGCUAAAGGUGUUGGAAGCCAUGGCUGAAAAUGCAGCAGAUUGUGAGUUUCCCCAGAGGCGACUCGGACCCAAAGACAGCCGCAACGGUAAUUUUAAAGAUAUGUCGGUCAGAGAAAGAAGGCAGCAAGAACGAGAAGAGCGUCUCUCUCUGGUGCUGUGGAGAAAGCCCGUCCAGACGCUGCAGUAUUCUUUCUUAGAGACACUCAUCACUUUGAAGGAGUGGACAUGGAAGCUGUGGUACAGAAGAUAUUCAGUGUUUUUGGUCCUAGUGCUUUUUUCAGUCUUCACAAUGGCCUACUCAAUAGAAGGAGCACAUCAGAAGUAUGUACAGUACUUGGAGAAGAAGAUCCUGUGGUGUGCCUACUGGGUAGGCUUGGGGAUUUUGUCUUCAGUAGGCCUUGGUACAGGCCUUCACACUUUCCUUCUUUACCUGGGCCCACACAUAGCCUCUGUCACACUGGCAGCGUAUGAGUGUGGCUCAGUGAACUUCCCCGAGCCACCAUACCCGACUCAGAUUGUGUGUCCAGAGGAGGAGGGGGUGCAGGACAGUGUGUCCCUCUGGACCAUUAUGUCUAAGGUCCGGCUAGAGGCCUGUAUGUGGGGAGCUGGCACUGCUAUUGGAGAACUUCCUCCAUAUUUCAUGGCACGAGCGGCUCGUCUUUCUGGAGCUGAACCGGAUGAUGAAGACUAUGAGGAAUUUGAAGAGAUGCUGGAACAAGCAGAGAGUGCACAGGACUUUGCAACAAGAGCAAAACUUGCUGUACAAAACAUGGUUCAGAAAGUAGGAUUCUUGGGAAUCCUGGCCUGUGCCUCAAUCCCAAAUCCUCUGUUCGACCUGGCUGGUAUUACAUGCGGCCAUUUUCUGAUCCCAUUUUGGACCUUCUUCGGAGCAACACUAAUCGGAAAAGCAGUUAUCAAGAUGCACAUUCAGAAACUCUUUGUAAUCAUAACGUUCAGCAAGCACAUAGUGGAGCAGAUGGUCUCUCUGAUCGGGGCCAUACCCGGGGUUGGAGUUUCCCUACAGAAGCCUUUCCGUGAAUAUCUGGAAGCGCAGCGAGCUAAGCUUCAUCACCCAGCUGGGCAUGGCACACCUGCGGGUGAGAACUGGCUCUCCUGGGUCUUUGAGAAAGUGGUUCUUGUCAUGGUCUGCUAUUUCAUUUUGUCCAUCAUAAAUUCCAUGGCACAGAGCUAUGCCAAGCGGCAGCAGCAGAGGAAGCACUCAGAAGAGAAAACCAAGUGAUAGACUCACAGUAAAUCAUCUCAGGCUCCCAAUUUGGAAACUAAGGAGUAUUUAACCUGGAAAAGACGGAAUGGGCACUAAUUUAAUGUGUGCUUCUUUGUGUACUAUUCUGUUGUCCCCCACCCACACACCCACACACACACACACACACACACACACCCACUCUUGUCUGUAGCGUUUGACUAUUAAAAUCAGAUGUUAGAACUUUGUGGUUUUUACCUCUACAGAGAUACGGGAGAUUAAUAGAGACUGUGGACGGUAAUACUUGUUGCAAAGCCUUAUGCAACAUAGCAGGGUCAUGCUUCCAUUGAACUGAAUACAGUUCUGAUCACGUAGAAUAAUUUAUUUAAUUUCUGUGUUAAUAGUAUGAAUGGGCAGGGUUACUUUUGUGAGACUGGUGAUGCAGUGAGUGUUUUUCAAGGGCAGUUCUCUGUUUUUUUUAAAACACGGUCUGAUGGCAUUUUCUUUUUCUCAUACAGGGACAGCAAUAUAUAAAAAAAAAAAAUCUGUACGGUUUCUUAAUUGCCUGCACAUUGUGUAAAUAAUUUGUGUUUUAACAUAGUUUAUGGAAGUCUGAAUAGACUUUCUGCCAUAAUGUGACAAAACUGAUGUUAUUUAAAUCUGGUAAAUUUCAAAAUUGGGCCUAGCCUCAUGUACCAUGCAUAUACACAUUUAACUUUAUAAGCUGCCUCAAUUAUGUUUUUUUUCUGUCUUAAUACAUUUUAUGUGAAGCUAAAACUUGUAGGUCUUUCAUAGACCUUGGUUUAAUUCUGUUCGACAUUAAAAUCAAGUAAUGCAUCAUUUGGUUACACUUCAUCAUGUUCUAGCUUUUAUUCAUGGAUGAUAAAUCCUUUAGGCUGCCUGCAAUUCAGAGAGGAUUUUUUCCUGAAGGCGUCCAUGUCCAGAGGUAAGUGUAGUUUCUAAAAUGCAAGUUCCUCAUUAAUCUUAGUGUUUGACAUUCUAGGAAUUAAUGUGGUUUUUUUUUGCUGUACAUUCUACAAUGUAGCUACUAAAUAAUUUUGCUGUAUAGUUUACUGUAAGUCAUUACAGUGAUAAGAAUCUGCAAUAGAGGAGGUCUUUUAAUGAAUAAGAUGAUGACGUGAAACAGGUUUGAAUUUGCCAGCAGGGUUGUAGGGAAGUCAAACGGUUUUGCAUGCUUCACCGUUGAGGUUCCUUUUAUCAGGAGCACCGUGUUCUGACAGUCCCAUCAUGUCAGAUAGCUUAUCAGACUGGUGUUGGCUCUGAAGUUGUAAGGCGACAGCAGUCUGUAGGCUGACUGAAAUUUUGGGUUUAUCACCUCAGAGGAAAUGAAAGAACUUCAGUUUUGCAAUACCCACUUCUGUUCGUGAAACUUGCCUUUUUAAAAAAAAAAAAAAAAAAAAAAAGAGCAGUGACGGUUGGACUGAGUCUGGUUUCCCAAAGAAGCAGUAAAGAAAAUGGGAGAAAAUGCUUAAACAGGAAACUGAAGUUAUUUCUUCUUUGACCUGUUUCUGAAAUGUGAUCAGACCUUUCCACUUUAGAGAAGUGUGUUUUAGUUUGAAUAUCAGAGUUGGUGUUCAGAUUGACAGUCUUUCUACAUGUAGCUACAGUUUGAGCUACACACUUUUUGUCGUCAAUGUAGUAUAAAUCGAUUAUGUCACUAAACAAAUGAGUAAUUGUCUUUGCAUAUAUUUAAAAUAAAGAUGAUUUGCAUAUUUA